AUGAACGGAAAUCAUUCAGUCACCAGUCGACUGUUCGAGGCGACUCCCCGAAUCGAAGACUUCAAAGCGAUAUGCAGCCAGACCACCAACAAAGCCUCUUACCCUUUAUCCUCAUCCAUUGAGAAGAACAUCCCCAUCUACGAUGUAACAACCUUUGAUCUCCUCAAUUCGGAGCUCACCACCCAGCUCCAAAAUGAAUGGCACCACGCCCUCAGCACCGGCCCCGGAAUCGUCGUGCUGAAAGGCAUGUACCACCCAAGCCGCCACGGCCCAACCCUGACAGCCACCACCGAGGCCUUCACCCGCAUCAUCGCCCAAGAGCGCCUCACCGCAACGAAAAAAGGCGACCACUUCGCCGCCAGCGGCAAAAACGACCGCAUCUGGAACUCCUUCAGCAAGCACGCCCUCCUCGACCCCCGCUCUUUUAUAGACUACUACUCCAACCCCUGGCUGCGCCUCAUCGCCGAGUCCUGGCUCGGCCCAGCCUACCGCGUCACAGCCCAAGUCAACAUCGUCAAGCCCGGCGGCGCCGCCCAGGAAUCCCACCGCGACUACCACCUGGGCUUCCAGGACGGCGCGGCCACCGCCCGCUUCCCACGCACCCUGCAGCUCGCCUCGCAGUAUCUCACGCUGCAGGGGGCCGUCGCGCACAGCGACAUGCCCGCGCGCAGUGGGCCCACGCGCUUCCUCCCCUUCAGCCAGUGCUUUGAGCCGGGGUACCUCGCGUGGCGGGAGGAGGACUUCCGGGCGUAUUUCCGGGAGCACUACGUCGCGCUGCCGCUGGAGCUGGGGGACGGGGUGUUUUUCAACCCGGCGGUGUUUCAUGCUGCGGGGGCGAAUGAGAUGGCUCCUGAGGAGUCUGGGCCUGAUGGGGGUUUCCAGCGCAAGGCAAACCUGUUGCAGAUUAGUUGUGCGUUUGGGAAGACGAUGGAGACUAUUGAUACGGUGCCGAUUGUGGAGAAGUGUUGGGGGGAUAUUGUGCGGCGGUGGGAGGAGGCGGGGAGACAGCUGGAUGCAGAGCUUGAGGCGCUGGUGAUGGCUGUUGCGGAUGGGUAUCCGUUUCCGACGAAUCUGGAUAGGAGGCCGCCGGCUCCCAGUGGGAUGGCGCCGGAGAGUGAGCAGGAGAUUGUGCUGAGGGGGUUGAAGGAGGGAUGGGGGGUGGACAGGGUGGUAGAGGAGUUGAAGCAGAUGAAGAGGGAUUCCAGUGCUUGA